AUGGAGGUGGGUCUUGUUGGGUUGCUCAGAACAGCUUGGAUUGCAGCGAUACUGCCUCUACUCAUAGCUUCUGUACCUUCUUCUAGGCUGAGCUCAUUUCAUGGAGCUGUUUUGGAAUUUGCCAAGAGAGGGAAGAUCAUGAAAUCUUCUUCUCAGAAGUUCACAGUUCCUCAAAAGUUCUUCUGCCAUUUCUAUCUGGUGGCUGUAGUGUGGACAACCUUACUCCUUGUUACAACUGGGAUGUAUGCGUAUAAAACAGUGCCAUUGGUUUAUCCUACAUUUCCCAGCCAAUUGACUGGAGGUUCACACAUCUUUUCAUGGCAUAAGUCUCAUUCGAUUCCUAUAAGUUAUAGAUAUGGCGUUUGGCGUUCUGUCUUUCUGCUUUUAUUGAUGGAAGUUCAAGUCUUGAGGCGCCUCUUUGAGACAAUAUAUGUAUUCAACUAUAGCUCCUCUGCUCGGAUGCACAUUUUCGGAUAUCUGACUGGACUCUUCUUCUACACAGCAGCACCGUUGUCACUUUGCUGCAAUAAUGCUCUGGAGGUGUAUAAAUUUUCAUUGAAUGCAGUGGCUGAGUUCAUUGUCAAAGGCAAGACUACUAUGCAACACAUGGAAUUUGAUUGGUUGGAAUUUGUGAGUUCUCUUUUGAGGCUUCGUUGGCUCCAAUGGACUGGUGCGGUUAUAUUCUUUUGGGGCUGGAUCCAUCAGCGCAAUUGCCAUGCAAUUCUUGGCUCAUUACGAGAACACAGUGGACAAAAUGAUGAAUAUGUGAUUCCUCAUGGUGAUUGGUUUGAAGUCGUUUCAUCUCCACACUAUCUGGCUGAGAUAGUUAUAUAUGCUGGCCUUGUGGUUGCUAGUGGAGGAACAGACCCUACAAUCUGGUUACUUUUUGGAUUUGUGGUGUCAAACUUGGUAUUUGCAGCAGCGGAAACACAUAGGUGGUACCUCAAGAAGUUCAAGAAUUAUCCCAGUAAUCGGCUUGCCAUUAUUCCAUUUAAAGAAAGGUUGGAUAGGGGAGCCUCUGACAAGUCUCCAAUGUACAACUCUGUGGAUCUUGACAUACAAGCAAGUACAUUGUAA